AUGUUUGGAUUCUUCAAGUCGGACUUCAGGGGAAGCGAGCAAGAAGCCGCCUCGGCGGAAGGCACCAUCGCCGCGCCGUCGCGAAUAAACGGCUUGAUUCGCGGCUCGGCGCAGCCUGCCUCGGCCACGUCGGGUUCGAAAAGAGUAUGGGACAGCUUGGAUGACGAAGAUGGCCGGCGCGAUGCGGGCCCGUCGGCGAAGCGCGCAAAGCACGGCCCGCAUCACCACCGUCGUCCCGACGCGACAUGGGCCGUUCCCGCCACCGCUCUCGAACAGGCCCGCGAUGUCAUCGAUCAUCAGUUUGGCCUCGAGAUUCUGCUCAAGCACGAGGAGCUGAGGCUGAUAAACCAGGAGUUGGCCAAGUCCCAGAUCGCCCUGGAGCAGCUGCGACGGUGCCACCUGAUCCCGUACCCCCAGGAUUGCCCUACCCCUGAUCAGAUGGUCAACGUCAGCAACGGCCGGGGCCCGGCGCUCGCGAGUCGGUCGGGCGAGCCGGUUCCCCGAUGGGCACCGCCUUUCGGCGUGGUCGAUGGUCCGUACGCCCGUCAUUACGCGAAGUGGCUCAUUCCAGAUCCCUCAUUCGAUGGAAUACAACCCGAGUGGCAGUUCGGCGCCGACCACGCGCGCGCGCGCCUCUCCUUGCCGGAGGGCAGGACGACGAGGAACAGCCUGUCGGAGCCGGCCAUGUUCGGCAAGGGCCGGCCCGUCCGGGGCAUCGGCGGCCAGAAGCUGCAAUCGUUGUCGAGCGGGUACCCUCAAGCAAAGGACAAGGCUGGUCCUUGCAUCCUCAAGCGAUCCGACGGUCAGACGGUCAAGCUGGUCUGCCUCGACUGCAAGCGCGAGAACUUCUCGAGCACACAGGGUUUCAUCAACCACUGCCGAAUAGCGCACAAGCGCGACUUCAAGAGCCACGAAGAAGCCGCCGUCCACAGCGGCCACCCCAUCGAGGCGGCCGACGCCGGCCCCUCGGGCGCCGAGGACAAGAUGCCGGCGGCCGCCACGGCCGGCUCCCAUCUCGUGCACCCGUUUGCCCGCCAGGACAUGACGGAGCAGCAAGCGUGCACGUCGAUACGCGCGAGGCUCGAGGAGUCGCUCAAGCUGUAUCGCGCCGGGAAGCUACCCGGCGUCGACAGCAUCCCCUCCUCCCGCCAUUGCCCGGGAGGCGGCGGAGUCAAGAGCACGGGCGUCGACAAGGGUGCCGCCGUGUCGGAAACGCCUCACCUGUGCCACCUGAUGGAGAGACGGAACUUUGGGGGAAGCCUGCGCGAUCUCGUCGCCGACGCCAAGACCAAGAUGUCGCUCGAGGACAUCACGCCGGAGGAGGAGUCGGAUGAGGGCGAGACGACACCGUACGGCUACGGGGUCGGAAACGCACCCCCAAGCCGGACGCCGGUCGUGAUGCGUGUGCCGGCGAGAAGCGGCAAGUCUCCGGCGCCACCCCUGCCGGGCAGCAAGAGCCGCCUCGCCGGGAUGCCUCUCGUCUUGCCGACGCCUGGUGCGACGUCCAAGGACGUCUCGAGCGUGACGUCGUCGGAUGACGACGCGGACAUGGAGGAUGCCAACCUCAGCCCCAACACGUUGAUCAGCAACAACGCGCCCUCCCUUGUUAGUGACGAUGGCGAGUACGACGACUCGGACGAAGGCUCCUCCGUGUCCGGGACGAGCGACCACCUGGAAGAGGCGAACCUGUCGGACGUGGCGGAAAUCACGCUCGAUGACGAGCACGAGCCUCGAGCCCUUCGGCGCGCAUCGAAGGGCGUGGCGGGCGCCGUGAAACUCCGAAAGGACGACGCGAAGCACGUCACCUUUAUGAGCUCGGUGAGGAGCACGACGAAGCAACGGAAACGAGGUCGGGUCUGA